AUGUCGGACGCAACAGUUGGUGCCACCAGAGAGCGAGGUCGCCAGUACCGACCCUUGAUAGAUGAAAUCUUAAAAUGUGACGACAAGGACUUGAGUCAGGUGUUGAACAAGAACAUGACCGAAGAGAAAGGCGACACGCUUUAUUGGGUUGAAGUCAUGUCCAAAUUUGAAAAGAUUAUCGACAAAUUGAUUGACAAAUACGGCUUGGAAGACACCGAAGUCAGGCUCCAAUUGAUCAACAAUUAUGAUAGUCAAUUGGUAAUUUCCAUUAUAAAAUUUGUUAGAGAAUUGAUAAAACUCCACUCGUGGCAAGCGUGUACUCUUGGAGGCAAAAUCUCCAAGUUUAUCAAAACUCCUUCCAUAGACGUUAAACUCGAAGCCUUGGAGUUUUGUGUGGUGUUGACUAAAAGAGACUUGGGGUACUAUUUGAAUCCUAUUUCCAAGCAAACCAAAAUGGAGAUCCUACGUCUUGCGCAAUGUUUCCCACCGCCAUUGCCUGUGGGGUUCUCUCAGAAAGUGAGCCAAUCAAAGACGCAUACGCUGGAGGAUUCAAGAGUAAUUGGAGGUUAUUAUAGCUUGGUGGAUGCUUUAAAUCCGAGAAUGAAAUAUCCUUCCAAAUGGAAGGGACUCAGUUUUUCGUAUUUUUCCUCGUCUGUGGUGAAGGACGUUGCUCCUGCUGCUUCUGCUGUAACAGCCGGAGAAACACUGAAAGCCGACAAAAAGAAGAAAAGAUCAUCCUCAAAGCAAACAGUACUUAAAGAAGGAGUUUCGACUUUUUUCAUGUCUGAUGAGAAUGUUCGAAAGUAUUCAUACGAUCAAAUCCUUGAUAAAGGCUCUGCCUCAAUCCCCAAGGACCACUGGAACGAUUUCAGCUUGACGGCUUUGAUAGCAAAGUCGUUCAACACAAGAUCUCAUGAUGCCAUGAAAUUACGGGAGAAAAUAGUCAGAAUGAAAUGCUUUGCAAUUGCCGUUUUAUUUUGUGCCUGUCCCUCAGACUUUGUCAUUACCCGUUUUAUUGAGGCCCAUCAUGUUUCUGAUUUAAAUUUUGUGGUUGACUUGAUACUGCCAGAAUACGCCAAUAUCGUUUCUAAAGAAGUGUACUACUCAGCCACAGUAUCGUUAUUAUGUCUCGCUGUUCACUGUUCCGUGAAAGAUACCUGGACUGGGGAUUUAUUUCGUUAUCUCGGUGGUAAUCUAAGCCAUGGAAUGAUGUUCCAAAACUUAAGACACAUUCAACAACAAGUGGCUUCGAACGACCCUUCAUAUGAUGAAACUGCCAACUGCUAUUUUAUUUCCAUGUUUUACUAUUUUCUUGAUACUUCUUGCAGCACCAGGUUACAAAUUGUUGGUCUUAUGGAUGAUCUAUUAUCGUUCUUGAGAAUAGAAACUAAAUACAAGAAAACUUGUGGUACUGCAGCCGUGGCCCUUCAUGCUUGCUUUAAAAUAGGCAACGAAGUCUUGGACGACUUUGACAAUCUUGGAGGGUUUGAGAUUCUUAUAGAAGCCAUUCAAAGAGAAGUGAGGCUAGCUAUGGAAAACCACUCAAAGAAUUUGAAAUUAUCUAGAGACGAACGUACCUAUAUUACUGAUUUAAUACUGGUUGUUGCCAGAAUCUUAGAUAUUGAUUUUGGUGACCGUUUGAGGACUCUUUUUGAUUCUCCAAUCUUACAAUGCUUCAACACAAUACUUGAAAACCCCCAGUUUUUUGAUCAAAAAGUAGUAGGAUAUACGGUGAAUUCAAUCAGGUCAACUAUCAAUAAUUUCCCUUCGGCAUAUUCUAUUUUGAAAGAAGCCAAUGUCAUCUCUACCUUGUUCAAUAAUUACAGCAAAUUGUUUUUCCCAUCAGCAGGCAUGUUUGCUUCGUUGGCUGAUGUCAUUGGUCCUCUUUGCUUGAAUAAAGAAGGACUCAAAGAUGUUCUUGAUAGUUCGAUCAUUCGUGAUAACUUCAAAGUGUUUUUGGACGUUGAGCUUUCCAAAGAAUUGGAUUCCCGUUCAAGUUUAGGCUUAGGAAGAACGUUUGACGAAUUAUCAAGAUAUUAUCCUGAACUUAAACCGUUAAUCAUCAAAGAAGUCAAAGAAUUAUUACAUGAUGCUGUGCCAUUUUUGAGAGAGAACCUUCAAGGAGUUGAGUUUUAUACUUCGUCUGAAGGUACUUUUUAUAAUAAAAAUGACGAUGAUGAACCUAUCAAAGUGGAAGGAGGUGUAGGAGUUAACAGCUGGGAGACUUCUAAAUUCUUCCUUUUGGACAAUAUAUUUAAUUUCACUGGUGGGUUAUUUUAUUACCAACAAUGGGACGCAGAGGUGUUGGAAGCGAUUCCAUUUGAGUACAUUUGUGAUCUUUUAACCAUUCCAAAUAGCCCCUAUGAUAUAAUUGAUUCCUUUGACUCACAUAGACUAGAGGAAAUACUAAGCUAUUUUGACAGUAUUAAACGAGGAUAUGGUUUAGAAGUGUUGAUUAAAAGAUUAAAACAUCAUUUACGAGGUACCCAGAUCCAAGCAUUCAUCCACGAUGAAUCUACAACCGUAAGUCAUUUUGUUAGAUUUGAACACGACGGCCUGGAAAUGGGGACAGAGCUCUUGCAACAAAUCAACGUGGUUUCCUGCUUGCUCCAUGUGCUUACACUGUGUUAUGUUGCGAUUUUCAAGGAAAGAAUCAUUCAAUUGGCGACUUUAAUUGACUCUGAAUUCAUUCUAAACAUCGGACUUUUGUUAAGAAGAUGUACUGUUGAAGAAACCGUCAUCAGAUCCAACCUUCCUGCCUCAGUUGCUGCACUUACCAUCCCCUAUGCAGAUUAUGGAAACGACAUGCCACCGAUGUUGAUCCACUCGCAAGAACCUCUUGAUGACCCCCCCAAAAGAGACGGGAAUACAGCAAAAUAUAAGAACACCGUUCAAAUGAGAGAGCUAUUCCGUCAAACUACUUACAAAUCAGCAAUUUUGUUCAAUGUGUUACCAAAGAUUUGUAUGUUCAAAAAACAAGAGUUCCUUACACCGGAGCUAAGGAGGAAAGCCGUGCAAAUCAUCCUUUCUAUCUCCGAAGUGUUUUCCAAGUUCUUUGAUCUUCAGUUCCCGGACACUUCUCAAGAGUCAAGCUAUACGUUGGUUCUCGUGAACCUCGUUAGCCACUGUUUGUCACAAAAGGCACCUAAAGACUUGAGGAACACUGCACUUGUUAUUGGGCUCUUGCAAACACUGUACUUUGAAAAAAUCUCCAAGAUUGCCGAAUCUUUAUGGUCCAACUUACUUGAAACCUCCCCUGACGAAGUGGAGAAAACAAAGGAACUCAAAUACAUUAGUAUUGCUGAGAAUAGCACCAUUAAGAAUGCCAUUUACCAAAUCUUCACUUCAUUUGCCUAUAUUGUUCGAGAUGAGUUAAUGCCGAACUUGCCCAUGACCAGUUCUUACUUUGCAAGGGGAUACUCUGGUCCCAACCAAUUGGUUUCAUCAGUGUUGCUUCAAACCCGAGUUCUAGCUAUGAGGUUGCUUCUGAAGACUGUUGGUCCGGAGUCACAGCUCUUUGCUACAGAAGGUCGAGGUAUCAACAGUUCUAAUAUUCCUUCGCAGGUUAUUGAGCAAUGUCUUACCAUAUAUCAGGCUAUUCUGGUAACCAAACUUGAUGCAGACACCGAGAUUGAGCCAUUUGUGGGCUUUGACGUCAACAAUGUUGCUCCUCGUGGUCAAGAUCUUCAAAUCUUGAUCGAUAAUGGUGUUCCAAUGGAAGAGGCCAUUAAUAUGACCAACAAGUCCAGAGAUCUACGAGAUAUCAUCAAUAAGAACGAUGCUCAUUUAUGGGAAUACAAUCUUGACGACAUUAGUGACACCUUAAAGGAACUUGCCAAUAAAGAUGACAUGGAACAUCCGUUGACAACUCGUGAUAAUUCAGAGGAAUACCUUGAACUUUACGCUAAGAUUGCGUCUUCAAUAUUAAAGAACCUUUUCAUAUUGACAGAAAACUAUCCUCGAUGUGUUGAAUCUAUUAUGGAAGUUCUCUUGACCAUUUCCAAUGAUCCGACUGAAAUUGUGUUUGAACACCUUAAGAAAAUGAUGCACAACAAGGAAGAAAGCACUAGUGCACGCAUUGCACCCGUUGCACUUUUGUUCAGUUGGUGUGUGAACAAGUGUUGUAAGAACUCUGUUAUUCUUGAACAAGCAGCCCAGUUUAUCAGCGCUGAAUAUCACAAUAAUGUUGUUCAUGUGAAUGAAGAGUAUUUUGCAUAUCUCUUGUUCAUCUUGGAGACAUUAUUGACCAUGAGUGACGUUCCCAAUGUUGAAGAGACCGUCCACAAGUUUCAAUACAAGGCUCCACCCUACAAGGUUUCAACAGAACUUAAGGAGAACAUGUUGGAAUGUAUCUUGAGCUUUGGAAAGAUUCUGGAGAAGAAAACCGCCUAUGCUUUGGGAAGAGUGCUCAUAUUAUAUGCUAGAGAUCAACUAUAUGCCAGCAAGAUCGUCAAGUCUAGUGUCUUGAGCGAGUUGAUCCAUGUUGCACUCUCGUACACCAGCGAUUCCAACCAAACGUUUGAUCCUUAUAGAAAGAUUAUUAUUAUUCUUCUUAGAAGAUGCUAUGAAACCGUGGACAUUCUCAAGAACUAUAUGACCCCGGACAUUUUACAUUUGUUCUCUGGCUCGUUGAGGUCCAAGAGAGAAUUGGAAUCGUGUCUUCGGGAGACCUCUGCCUUGGUUCUUCGGGAGCCGACAGUUUACGUAGAUACGUUCACCAAGUAUACUGUUCUUGAGGGCUACGACGGGUCUUCUGAAUUGUCUCAAAACAGAUUAAUUGUGAGUAAAGUAGACGAGAAGAAGGACCACAAGGAAGACGGUGAUGGUGAAGCUGAUGCUGAUGUUGAAAUGGAAGAUGCUCAUAAAAAUGUUGUGGGCCAACAUACUACGGGAAUUGUUCACUCGUUGUUGCAUGAGUUGAUGCACACUAUGAAACAGGAUUGGAUGUCGCAUCCAGAGGAACCCAAGAAGAACAGUUCCCGUAACAACAAAAAGAAGACUAAAGAAGACAAUAAGAAUGAUAUCAAGGCCGAUGUGUUCAAGAACGGACAUUUUGCCUAUGCCUGUUUUAUUCUUCAGGUUCUUAUUGAGUUAUUGAGUUCCUACAAGCAAGCCAAGUUUGAGUUUAUAUCUUUCUCCAAGAGACAAGUAGCUGAGGAUCAAAUCAGGCCACUUCCCACGGCAUUGAACUUUAUGAUUCACCAAAUGGUCUCUUUGUGCCCUAAUGAGAACGAGAACAGCAUCAAGGCAUCCAGAAUGAAUACGUUAUCGACAUUGGCUAAGCUUGCACUUGUUUCGUUAAUUUCCACUCCAAUUCUUGACGAAAAGAACUCGCCUGAUCCCAAGAAUGAAGACAUUGACAUGGCUUUUAUCCGGAAGUUCUUUACUGAUGUUUGCGGUAAGAUUCUCAUCGAUACUCUGGAGAUGAGUACCGUUGUUGCGGAAAUCAAAUAUGCCAAACUUCAACGAGUGCUUGAGCUUUAUGGUGCUCCGUUCUCCAACAAGCUUUCUUCCUUGGUGAGCUCAUUACGGAACAAGAGGGCCACGGUUUACGAUUCGUUCUACAUCACCAAGUGUAUGAUGGACAAGCAGGUUCCCAACUUGAUAGCCAAAGUAACUGCUGAUUACGACUUGAACUACGCCGACAUCAGUCGAGUGAUUAAGGCCGGAAGUAAGGUGCUCAACUCGUUAGGGAAAGUUCGGAGUGACAACCAAGAAUUGUUUGAGCAUGGCGAGCGGGACGAUGAAGACGACGAAAUUGUUCCUAUCUCUGACGAUAGGGAAGAUGUGCCAGAUUUAUUCCGUAAUUCUACGUUGGGAAUGUACGACAUUGACGAAUCUGAAGAGGACGAUUUCUCUGGACUCGACGAAAUUCCAGAGGAGUUAUGGUCAGAAGAUGAAUCGAUAGAUCUUGUGUCGGACAACGAGAUGAACGCCAACGACAUUGAUGAUUUCGAGGCAGAAGACUCUGAUAUGGAUGUUGAUAUUGCCAUGGGAGAUGAUGAUGAUGAAGGUGAAGUAGUUAUGCACGACCAAGACUCCGAUGGUUAUGACUAUGACGAUGAUGAUGAAACUACGGAUUCUGAAGGUGAUGCUAUUGAUAUAAUUGAAGAAGUUACUUUUGACUCUGAUGACGAAGACGGAGAAGAUUUUGAUGAUGAUGACGGUGAAGGCAGCAAUGUUUCCGAUGAAGCGGAGUUCUUUGGAUUCGAUGACGAUAGCGAUGGCAGCGAAUACGACGAUGAUGAGUUCACAGAAUGGUUGGACGGUAUGCGGAACGGAGAAGUGUCAGAAGAUGAAGACGACAAUAAUAACGAAGAUGAAGAAGAUUUUAACCCUAGAAUUGUCACCAUAACCCCUGGCCGUCGUUCUAACGACACCAACAACAUCGACGACGACGACGAAGGGGACUUGGAAAGACUUUUGGUGUCCAGCAAUGCGCCAAAUGGUAACCCAUUGACUGCACUUUUGGAGAUAUUUGGCAAUGAUGCAGGAGGUAAUUCGUCUUGGUCGUCGUUUGUGGGUGGCCUUUUGAACGAGCCGUUGCUUUCUGAUUCUGUUACGUUUGGAAGCAGCAACGGCACUCGACUUGACUCUGAACGAGCUCUAGACGGGUUCCUUUCGUUGGCCAAAUUGGGCAACGACGGCGAGGUAAACUCCGUCAUUAAGUUCAGUUCCACAGUGGAAAGAUGGAGUGAUGCCAUGAGGUUAUUUUACGACAAUAGAAGCUUGUAUUAUUUGAGGGUAACCCCGGCCAUAGUCAAUCGGAUUCAAGACAAGAGUGCUGAGAUUUACAAGCGGAAGAAGGAGCAAGCGGAGAAGGUCAGAAUGGAGAAGUUACAGAAACAGUUGAAAAAACAGCAAGAAGAGAAGGAGAGAAGAGAACAAGAAGAGAAGGAAAGAAUGGAACUUCAACUGGAGCAGCAGCUGGAGCAAGAACAGCAACAAGUUGCUGCUGAAGGAGAACGUGAACCUAUUUAUGUUCUAAUCGGUGAUAGAGAGGUGGACAUUAGCGGGACAGAUAUUGAUCCUGAGUUCUUUGAAGCGUUACCGGAAGAUAUGCGAGAAGAAGUGUUCACCCAACACGUACGAGAACGUCGUGCUACGGCCUCGAACACCAAUGCCGAUGUCCGAGAAAUUGAUCCUGAUUUCUUGGAUGCUCUCCCUGAUCAGAUCCGGGAAGAGAUCCUUCAACAGGAGUCCAUGGCUCGCCGGUACUCUGCCAUUGAGAACAUGAGAGCCAUUGACGAUGAUCAAGACAAUAUUGAAGAAGACGAUGAAGAUGAUGAUCAAGAUGGUGAAGAGAACGAACAAGAUAUUGUUGUUAAUGCCUUGAGCGAACAUGAGAAUCACAGUAGUAAAAGCGGUAGAAACAAUGAUAGACUCAAGUUAAAGGUAUUUCAGACUCCAUUUGUUGAUGCCACUGGGGUGUUUUCCAUUCUUCGUCUUUUGUUCUAUCCUCAGCCACAUCCGUUUAGAGCUUACAUUCAUGAUACCUUGUUGUUUAUGUGUUUCAGCAAGCACACCCGGAACGAGGUUAUUGGGUUAAUGAUAGCCAUAAUGCAUGACUUGCUUACAAACCAGAACUCGAUCGAAAAGCUUUAUCAAAGUGUUGUGAUGAAAGCUAAGAGCAGCGGUGGUCCUAAUGGUGGAGGUUGUAUAGAGCUUCCCAAAGGAGCCACGUCAAAGAAUGUGGGUGUGCAAUUUGUCACAGCCAUGUUACAUUUGUUGCAGAGUAGCUACUAUGUUCGUUACUACAUGUUGACCGAACAUGAAAUCCCAUUCUUGGUUAAGAAAGGUGACCCCAAGAAUAAGAUUAAGGAAAUGAUGGUCAAGAAGAACAGAUACCCCAUCAAUUAUAUUAUACUGAUACUUGCUAAUCCUUUGGCUACCGAAGAUCAAUUCUUGGUGUAUCUUUUAGCCCACGUGCUACAGAAUGCCACCAAGCCUUUGGCCUCGCUUAAGAGAACAGAUGACGAUAAGAACGACAGCAGCAAUGCAACCCCUGCUGCUCCAGCUCCUACGUUGGCUCCGGUGAUCCCAGACCAUUAUUAUGCUUAUAUUGUUCGGAUUUUAACCGGGAACGAAUUCCACAGUGUCACCUUCAGACGAACCAUAAGUACCAUGCAAAAUAUGUCUUGGUUACCACACUCUCAGAAGAUUUUCACGGUGUUUUUAUCUGAUGAGGCUACUAAUUUCGGUAAGCUUAUCAUAGAUGAACUUAACGAGGCCAUUGACUUGAUCAAAGCUUCUCCAGAACAACAGCAGCUUGACAGUAAGCUCUUGGCUAAGUUUAGUUCUCAGUCUUCCAACCAGACAAAGCUUCUUCGUGUUCUUACGGCGAUGGACUAUAUGUACGAGCACCGGAACAAGGCAGAAGACGGGAACAAGGCAGAAGAUGGGAACAAGGCAGAAGAUGUUGACAACAAGAUGUUGACGGAAUUGUAUCAACAAUUAUCACUAGGAACACUCUGGGACGCUUUAAGCUCGUGUUUGCUGUUGUGUGAAGAACACUCUCGAGGGGAGGUUGCCACAUUGCUUUCCCCGUUAAUUGAGUCGCUUUUGCUUGUGUGCAAGCACAGCAAGAUCAAAGACAUGCAAGUACGAGAUUUGGCUUCGUUUGAAGUGAAGAAGAUCGACUAUACCAAGGAACCCAUUGAGAGGCUCUUUUUUUCGUUUACGGACGAACAUAAGAAGAUCUUGAACGCAAUGGUUCGGGCCAACCCGAAUUUGAUGAAGGGACUUUUUGGAAUGCUUAUUAGGAACCCCCGGGUGCUUGAAUUUGACAAUAAAAAGGCAUACUUCGAUCGUCGGUUGCUUCAAGACGUUGAUACUGAAAACACCUUGGCUGUUUCUGUACGUAGAGACCAGGUCUUUUUGGACUCUUACCGGGCGUUGUUCUUCAAGUCCAAGGAAGAGUUCCGAAACUCAACCUUGCAGAUUGAAUUCAAAGGUGAAAGCGGUGUGGACGCCGGUGGAGUCACCAGAGAAUGGUACCAAGUGUUAUCUAGACAGAUGUUUAAUCCUGAUUAUGCUUUGUUCAUCCCAGUGGCCUCUGAUGCUACGACAUUCCAUCCCAACAGAACGUCGUACAUUAAUCCGGAACACCUUUCGUUCUUCAAGUUCAUUGGGAAGAUCAUUGGUAAAGCUAUUUUUGACGACUGCUACUUGGACUGUCAUUUUUCCCGGGCAGUUUAUAAGCGAAUCUUGGGCAUUCCCGUGUCUUUAAAGGACAUGGAGACCUUAGACUUGGAGUACUAUAAGUCGUUGAUGUGGAUGCUUGAAAACGACAUUACCGACAUUUUAACCGAAGACUUCUCAGUGGAAACCGACGACUACGGCGAACACAAGAUCAUUGACUUGAUCCCCAACGGAAGAAACAUUGCUGUUACUGAAGAGAACAAACUGGAGUACAUUAAGAAGGUGGUAGAGUACAGACUUCAAACCAGUGUUCGAGAACAAAUGGAUAACUUUCUUCAAGGGUUCCAUGAGAUCAUCCCUAAGGACUUGGUGUCUAUUUUCGACGAACAAGAGUUGGAGUUAUUGAUUAGUGGACUUCCCGACAUUGACGUUGAUGAUUGGCAGUCCAAUACUUUGUAUGUGAACUAUUCACCCUCUACCAUACAAAUCCAAUGGUUCUGGAGAGCCGUGAAGUCGUUCGAUAACGAAGAACGGGCUAAACUCUUACAGUUUGCAACCGGGACUUCCAAAGUGCCGUUGAAUGGGUUCAAGAACUUGAGUGGAGCCAAUGGUAACUGUAAGUUUCAAAUCCAUAGAGACUAUGGUCUGAUUGACAGAUUGCCUUCGUCACACACAUGUUUUAAUCAGGUAAACUUACCAGCAUAUGAAUCUUAUGAAACACUAAGACAAGCGUUACUACUUUCAAUUACAGAAGGUCAUGAAGGGUUCGGUUUAGCAUAG